UGACAGGAGGGGAGGCUGAUAGUGUGGGUGUGUGAAUAAGAGAGCAACAGGGGGAAUGAGAGAACGAGGGAGUGUUGAGUCCAUCAGUGACGGAGUCAGUGUGUUUGAGACAAGUAGAGAGAGAGGGGGAGAGAUUUCCCAGCACAGUUUGAUCGGCACCUCGGUUCUCCCUCCCGCUGCGUGAGUUACGGCUCCAACACUUCCAACAAUCACAGAGGAUUUUACCCUGAGCACAAGGCUCAAUCUGCCAGAGAUGAGCGUGGAAAUGAACGGGCGCGCCGUGCCACCUUCCAUACCUGAGGAUGGCGAAGCCCCGGACCACAUCCGCCACGGAGAGAUGAACGGCUAUCACCAGAGGCUUCAGGCUGGGGAUGAGGGCGAGGCUGAGCUCCCGGUGUCCAAGACUCAGAGGCGGAAGAGUGAUGUCAAAGUCUAUAGAGAGUUCUGUGACUUUUAUGCUCGCUUCAACAUGGCCAAUGCCCUGGCCAACGCCAUGUGUGAACGAUGCAAGAGCCGCUUUGCGCCAGCGGAAAAGAUAGUGAACAGCAACGGGGAGCUUUACCAUGAGCAGUGCUUCGUCUGUGCGCAGUGUUUCCAGCAGUUCCCAGAGGGACUCUUCUAUGAGUUUGAAGGCAGGAAGUACUGCGAACAUGACUUCCAGAUGCUGUUCGCUCCUUGUUGCCAUCAGUGUGGUGAGUUCAUCAUUGGCCGUGUGAUCAAGGCGAUGAACAACAGCUGGCACCCCGAGUGUUUCUGCUGUGACCUUUGCCAGGCCGUUCUCGCAGAUGUUGGAUUUGUUAAAAAUGCCGGACGGCAUCUGUGUCGCCCCUGUCACAACAAGGAGAAAGCCCGUGGACUGGGAAAAUAUGUCUGUCAGAAGUGUCACGCCAUCAUUGACGAGCAGCCGCUGCUUUUCAAGAACGACCCCUAUCACCCAGAUCACUUCAACUGCACCAACUGCGGUAAGGAGCUGACAGCGGAUGCUAGGGAGCUGAAAGGCGAGCUCUACUGUCUGCCCUGCCAUGACAAGAUGGGCGUCCCAAUCUGCGGGGCCUGCAGGAGACCCAUCGAGGGCCGCGUGGUCAACGCCAUGGGCAAGCAGUGGCACGUCGAGCAUCAUGUGUGUACUGUGUGUGAGCGCCCGUUUCAGGGCCACCCAUUUUACGAACGAGGCGGCCGUGCCUAUUGUGAGAGACACUUUGACAUGCUUUUUGGAGACGUUUGCUAUCACUGCAAUCGUGUCAUCGAGGGAGAUGUGGUGUCUGCCCUCAACAAGGCCUGGUGUGUCAACUGCUUCGCCUGCUCCACCUGCAACACCAAGCUCACUCUCAAGGAUAAAUUUGUUGAGGUGGAUUUGAAGCCUGUGUGCAAACACUGCUUCGAAAGACUCCCAGACGAUUUGAGACGUCGGCUGGCCAAGCGUGAACGUGACUCAAAAGAGAAGAAGAAGAAACCACUCAUACCCAUGUGUCUUUGAUACUCUCUUGCUCUCUGUCCUCCUGGCAGCUGUUCCUCCUUUGGAACAAGUUUGUGGAGUUCGACAUGAAGCCGGUGUGUAAGAAGUGCUACGAGAAGUUCCCGUUGGAGCUGAAAAAGCGGCUGAAGAAGCUGUCCGAAGCUGCUGCACGGAAGUGAACCGACGGUCAAGCAGCUGAAGGAGAUGAAACCCGGAGGUGGCCGACCCCAUGACCCCCUCACCUGUAGCCCCACACCUGCAAAGUGCCUUGAUUUCAUCCUCCUUAAACUGGUUUAGCUUUGCUCGUCAAGUGUCUUCUUGCAUAAAUUCUGUCUUUAUACAUUCACUUGUUUCACUGCGAUUUACAUUAUAUGUUCUAUAUUUAAUAAACUAGAGAGACGUGGAAAUAAGACUGAAAAGCUGUUCUGACAGGUUGUUUAAUCUGUUACCUGAAGCCAAAAUCGCCUCCUGUUAGAAUAAUAACAAUACAUAAACCUAAAACAAGCUAAAGAAAUAUGUUUUAUUAAAUGUUAACACACAACACAAUAAACCGUUACAGGCGUUUUACUAAACUAAAUGUGUAUUAAGUUUGAAAGGUAAAAUGACCAUGUAAUGAGAAUUUGUGCUCCAGAUAAUGAUUUUGUCUAACAUGCAUCUGGAUUGAAUGCAGUAUUUUAGAUGACACGUUGCAGUAUUAAUUUUAAUUUUUCAUAUAACAUGUCAACAGCUCUUAGUUUUAUACUCACAGAGACAUAAUGACAGUUGUUAUUGUAGAAAAAAGUAAGAAAUAUUUAAUUAUUAAUUUAUAAAUUAAGAAAUGUAUAAAUACUUGAUUAACAUGUUAUCAAGCGUUUCUUAAUAUUAAUUAUUCUUGGUUAUUAAGUCAUACAUAAUGGACAUUCAGUGACCUAAUUCUUAUUCGGUAAUGAAAAAUGCUUUGUUGCUGAAAAGUGCGAUACAAAUGAACUUGAUGAUGAAAAUAAUAUCACAAAUAUUAUAGUAAUGAAAUAAAUCCCCAAUUUUUUACCCACUCUUAAUUAGUCGAUACAUAAUGCUAAAGCAGAAAACCUGUGACUGUGCAGUCCACUCCAACAUCUGAACCUCCACUUGUAAAAAUCAGUUCUGUUGAAAACAAGUGCUGGACACAUCAGGUGUCGCUGUGACAGGAUUUAAGUUGCAGCAACUGCUGCCACAUGGGUCUGCGUGCGCGUGUUGCAACUUGUGGUAUGUGCAGAGACCGGAUGUGAGAGUCAUGUUCGAUGUUAAGAGCUUUUGCCUGUAAAUCCAGUGAAUGAAAGCGAUCCUCUUAACUACUUCCUCAGCUCAGACUUGCUUUGCAAAACAAAGCAGCAGCCUUCUGUUUCAAAAUAAUUAUUUAUCCGUCGUAUUUUACCUUGCAAGGCUUUGCUCUUCGUAUUUUGAUUCACUAGUAAAAAAAAAAAAAAACAUUCCACAGUUGUUUUAUGCAGAAGCACCCAAUGGACUGGUUGUUGUUAGGCAGAUCUUCAGCAGCACUAUAAAUACUCCAGGGUGUAGUUUUAUUUGCCAUGUUGUACCAUGUGUCAACUAGAUUAUGUUUUAUGGAAAGACGCCUGUGUCGUACUGUAUUUUUCCUCCGAAGACACACCAAAGUGCAUGCUUUAUGUUUUCCUUUACUGCUACUUAAAGUCCUUUACUGACACAAUAAACACAAUUUGCCCAAGCUUGAAA